AUGUAUAAGUCAAGUGCAGGAUCUAUAAUUACUCUUUUAAUUAUAGGUUUCAUAGGUUUUCGGUUUAUUUCUAUAGUUUUAUCAGUAUUUUACAGAGAGAAUCCUUCCUUAAUAUUUACAGAAAGGCAGGUAGAUGAUCCUUCUCUUUUUACAGCAACGGCUAGAACAUUCCCCUUAGCGUUUGCAUUAGAAGACUCAAAUAAUAACUUUUUUAUUGAUGAAUAAAUAUACACCAUUUAAGCAUAAUUGUAGUAAAAAUUCCAGGUUUAUAAUAAAACUUCAUUGAAAUAUGAUGCUGUUUAUAAAAUGAUGAAUAUUGCAGUUUUACCAUGCACUACAGAAAACUUUUAGAAUCCUGAUAAUGCUAAAUAUUAUCUAAAACUAGACUACAAAAAUAUGUAUUGCUUUACUCCUGACUAUUAGCUAGAUAUUUAGGGUGAUUUUCCAUCUCCUGUGUUUUCAUAAAUCAUGUUAAAAGUUUUUAAAUGCAAAACAAACUGUAAAUCUGAUUACAUAGUGGAUAAGUACUUAAAAAAGAUUUAUUUUGGUCUUUAAUUUUCAGAUGCUUAUGUAGAUAUUACAAAUAAAGAUAACCCUUUUUAAAUGUACUCAAGAGACAUUUUUUGGCCUAUUAGUAGUUAAUAAUAAAAAGAUGUCACCCUUUACAUUAGAAAUAAUUAUGUGUAUAGUGAUUUUGGAUGGUUUUUUUCUGAUGUUAAAACUCAAAGGUUUCCAUCUUUCAGCUUUUAAAAUAUUGAUGUAUUUCCUGUAUAAAAUUAAGGUGAUUAUCUACUUAGCGUCACAUUCAGAUUUGAGAAAUAGCAAGAAAAUGUCUAUAGAAGAUCCUAUUUAGACUUUUUUGGUAUAAUAUCAUAAAUUGGUGGUUUUGCAAAUACCCUGUUUGCUAUAGGUUUUCUAAUCUGCCAUAGAGUUUCUGAAUUGCAAUUAAAUCAAAACAUUAUAAGCUAGAUUUUUAGCUAUAAGGAAUCUCAAAUAGAAAAUAACAAAUAAUAAGAAAUUUCAGAAGCAACCGAAUAGAAGUAAGAUAAUCAAACCUAAUAACCUCCUUUAGAAUAUUAAACUUAAUUAAAAAAUAAAAACAACAAUUCAGAAUAAAAAUAAGAGAUGAAUUAAAUUAUUUAAUGCAUCUAAGAAAACACUAACAACAAAUCUAUUUGUCCUCAUUCACAAUCCAUUUCAAAUUUAAAUAGAAAUUUACAAAAAAAAGAAAAACUUAAUUAAAAUAUUUCUAAUUUUUCCAAAAAAAAACCAACAUUUAUUAGUAAACUAAAUUCAAAUUAAGAAAUUAGCAAAUAAAAUAAUUUAGAAAGCUAAAAUUUUAGCCGAAUAUUUAUUUUAAAUAAAUAUCUAUAGGAUGAAACUCCUAAUUAAAGUAUUUCCUCAAUUACAAAUAAUAACUCACCAAAUAAUUAAAACAAGACUCCAUAAAACAUGAAUACAAAAGAAGAAAAAGAGUUCACAAAACUGUUUAAUUAACAAACAAACAGCAUGAAAAUGAGUGUUUGGGAAUAUUUUUUAUCUUAUAUUUGUCCUUUUGGCAAAUUGAAGAAAAAAAAAGAAAUUAUUUAAUAUAGCAUAGAUAAACUGUAUUAAAAUUUGGAUAUUUUACAAAUUUUAAAGAGACUAAUCGAAGUUGAAAAGUUAAAGAGAUUGCUUUUAGAUCCAGAUUAAAUAAAACUGUUAGACUAUUUACCAAAGCCAACAAUUGAUUUAGAUUUAAUUUUAGAUAAGUAAUCAACUGAGAAUGCUUACAAAAAUAAAGAAGUUAAUUUACUAUAUUAAGAUAAUAGAUGUGAGAUUUAAAAAGCAAGAGAUGCUUUUGAAGCUUAUAAAAAAAUAAAGCAUAAACAAAAUUUUACUUUGCUAGACAAAAAGAUCAUUGAAAUGCUUGACUAGAAUUUAGUUCAAAUAUUUGAAGCCUAACAAGAUAAUUUAAGUUUAGGAUGUAUUUAGAAUAAAUAGAAUAAUAAUAUUAAAUAAAAAACAUAAAAUUCAUCUCCUUUUCUGAAGCUUUAAAAUGAAAAAAAUAAAAAUGUUGAUUAAGAAUCAUAAUAAACAAUUAAAAUAUAGGAGACUACUAAUUUUUUUGCUAGCUAAUAUGAUAAUCCAAGGCCGUUUGAAUUUAAUCGUUUUUAAUCUACUUAGUAAUAAUCAAUCAAUAAUUAUAAGGAUAGUUUCAUUGAAAACUAAGAAUUUGCUUUCCAGUAAAAUUGUAAUAGUGAUAGCGAGCAAGGUGAAAUAGCAUAAGAAGACUUUCGUAACAACAUACCAGAUUAAUUAUAAAGUUAUAAUAUAUGUUGA